ACAUAAAGUCGACAUCACCAUGGAUUUAUCAUUGAUUGCAGUUUGUUGUUUAUUUGCUUGCAUCAACCAAGCAUUAGGAAUACCCUGCUACAACUGCAGCACUAAACACGAUCCUCGGUGUGGCGAUCCUUUCUGGGGCGGAUCAAACUUUCUUGUAGAAUGUCCAUUUGCUUGUCUUAAAGUGAAGCGAUCCAGUAAAUUCAUCCAGACGUUAGAGAGAUCCUGUUCGGAAACUGCAGUAGCUGGUCUAAUGGAAGGAAGUGGAAAAAUAAAACACUGUGUCACAGAUUUCGUUCCAUUUAAAGGGGAGGUCACUCAGUGUCAUUGUAGUGCAAAGGGAUGCAACUCUGGACAUAAAAGUUACUACGGCACCAUGUGGAAGACAGUUUAUACUCUUCUUUUGAUUAUGUUAUUGUUUUUUACUUAGUCUGCAAAUUUUGAACAUUCUAAAAUCAAAUGUGUAACUUGUGUACAUGUAUUAUGAGCAUC